AUGGCUGGAGAAGACAUCCCAAGAGGCAUUUCUAUGGAGCAAGCUCAAAUUAUGAAUCUCCAACGAAGGCAAGAAGAGAUAAUGGAGCAGCUUGCACGUUUAACUCAAGCAUUUGAAAGGAUUGGAGUUCAGCAGCAACCUCAAGCAUCAAGGAGGGCUGUUCAUAAUGAUGAAGGUGAAGAAAAUGCAACUGGAAAUGAUGAUAGUGAAGUUGAACAACCAUGGCAAAGGAGGCAGCAAAGAGAUUCGGGAAACAACAUCAAAAUGAGGAUUCCACCAUUUAAAGGGACUAGCUCACCAGAAGAAUACUUGGAGUGGGUUCAACGAGUGGAAAAGGUCUUCGAAUAUCAAGAAUAUUUUGAGGUACGAAAAUGCCAACUUGCAGCUCUUGAGUUUACAGAUUAUGCUAAUCUAUGGUGGGAAAAUUUAAAAGCACAACGUAGAAGGGAUGGAGAAGAGGAUGUUAGAAGUUGGGGGGUUAUGAAACGCCUAAUGAAGAAACGAUUUGUUCCAGAAUACUAUAAGCAAGAGUUGUAUAUCCGCUUGCAAAGUCUUAGGCAAGGUGGCAUGAGUGUUGAGGAUUAUGUUAAAGAAUUUGAAAUGUUAAUGAUGAGAUGUGAAUUACAAGAACCUCAAGAGCAGACCAUUGCUAGGUUCAUAGGGGGAUUAAAUAGAGAAAUUGCCAACAUUGUGGAAUUACAACCUUUUGUGUUCUUGGAGGAUAUCAUCAAACUUGCCAUUAAAGUGGAAAGGCAGCUAAAGCGCAAUCCAACUAAGCAUAUGGUGUCUCGGCAAACUGGUAGCAAAAUAACCAACUCUCUCUCUACGCCAACAAGAGGCUCAUUUGCAGAUUGGGGUAAAAAUCAAAAGGAGAAGGGGGACUCUAGUAAACCACCAGCAAGAAUGGGCAAAGAAAAGGAGAAAGUGGGUAACCCUAAUCCUCCACAAAGGAGCAGGGAUAUCAAAUGUUUUAAAUGCCUUGGCCAUGGUCAUAUUGCUUCUGAAUGUCCAAACAAAAGAGUAAUGGUUCUUUGGGGAACACAAGAAGAGGUAGAAAGUGAAGAUGAGGCAGCACUAGAAGAAGAAGAUGAAUGUAUGGAUGAAGAAAGUUUACAUGCUGAUGAUGGGGAAUUACUUAUGAUUCGGCGAUCAUUGAAUUUACAAGCAAAAUUAGAUGAUGAGCAGCGUGAGAACAUCUUCCAUACUAGAUGCACCAUCAAUGGGAAGUUGUGUGGAGUAAUUAUAGAUGGAGGAAGCUGUGCUAAUGUCGCUUCUACUACUAUGGUGGAGAAAUUAAAUUUGGCAACAACAAGGCAUCCCCACCCAUACAAGCUGCAAUGGUUGAAUAAUAAUGGAGAAGUAAGGGUUACAAAACAGGUUGUUGUGCCAUUUUCAAUUGGAAAGACCUACAAGGAAGAAUUGUUAUGUGAUGUGAUUCCAAUGAAUGCUACUCACUUGCUUUUGGGAAGGCCGUGGCAGUAUGAUAGAAGGGUUAUUCAUGAUGGAUUCAAAAAUACAUACUCUUUUGUCAAGGAUGGGAAAAGCAUAAGUUUGGUCCCUCUUAGUCCUCAACAAGUGCAGCAAGAUCAGCUCUUAAUGGAGAGGGGAAAGAAAGAAAGUUUGCUUGCAGGAAAGAAAGAAGUAGAACGAGCCUUGUCCAUUCACAACUUGGUUCUAGUGCUAAUUGUAAAGGAAGCAACAUCAGACAAGGUAACUUCUUUACCACCACAAAUCAAGAAGAUCCUUGAAGAAUUUGCUGAUGUAUUUCCAGAAGAGAUACCAAACGGGCUGCCACCAUUUAGAGGGAUUGAACACCAGAUUGAUCUCAUUCCAGGAGCCACCUUACCAAAUAGACCGGCAUAUAGAACCAACCCAGAAGAAGCCAAGGAGUUGCAUCGGCAAGUAAGUGAGUUGAUAGAAAGGGGAUACGUAAGGGAAUCGAUGAGUCCAUGCUCUGUACCAGCUCUAUUAGUACCAAAAAAAGAUGGGACUAUGAGAAUGUGUGUGGAUAGUCGGGCAAUCAACAAGAUAACAGUGAAGUAUCGCUAUCCAAUCCCAAGGUUAGAUGAUAUGCUUGAUGAGUUACAUGGUUCCAGGUUGUUUUCAAAGGUAGAUCUCAAAAGUGGCUAUCACCAAAUUCGAAUGAAGGAAGGAGACGAAUGGAAAACAGCAUUCAAAACAAAGCAUAGAUUGUAUGAGUGGCUGGUUAUGCCCUUUGGCUUGUCCAAUGCACCAAGCACCUUCAUGCGAUUGAUGAAUCAUGUGCUCUGUAAGUUCAUUGGUAAAUUUGUUGUGGUUUAUUUUGAUGAUAUUUUGAUCUAUAGCAAAACUCUUGAAUAGCAUUCGGAACACCUUCGGGAAGUCU